GGACCAUGACAAUGCGCGCCGUGCGAGGCUGACGUAGGCUGGCGGAGGAGAAAAACACAGACACCCUCCAACACCGUGAGAUGGAGGGAGGAGCAGGUAGAGGGGUAGGAAAUAUAUAAAUAUAACGUCAGAAAUAGAGGAUGGUUGUUUUCAGCGGUGCUUGUGACCGAGGCAGAGCAGAAAUGGAUGCGCAGCGAGAGGCGGCCUGAGGAUGCACAAUAGAGCAUCUCACACACUGUGUUUAAUUGCGGAUUAGAGCGGAGGGGAAGAGGAGGGGGAGGGGGAGAGCACAACAAGGAAGGCAAGGAGACGCUCUUUAUUAUUAGGAGAAAGCGGAGAGGAGGAGGGGGAGACGGAGACAGCGUGAGCCCGGAGACGGCACAGACCGUGGCGGGGGGACGGGAGAGAGGACACCGACGCUGACAGUCGGCAGCGGCGCUCGGAUGCUGUUGUUGUUGUUGCUGCGGACGCGGCGACGAUGCGGCCACACUGCUGGGUGAUGGUAGCGUUGGCGGGGAUCAUGUCGUACUUCAGCCCGGAGAGAGCCCUCGGAGCACCGCAGAGGGAAGUUUCUCAGUCCAGGGCUGCAUCCCUCUCUCCUCCACCCUACGUCGUCAUCCUCAUCUCUUGCUCGGGGCUUGUCUCUUUUGUUCUGCUGCUCCUCACCUGCCUGUGCUGUAAGAGGGGAGGAGUGGGGUUCAAUGUAAGUCUUCAACAUGAGUUCGAUAACGCAGAUGGGGAGGAGUGCUCUGGAGGCUCCAGUCCCAUCCAGGAGGACAGCCUGUCGUCAUGUCCCUCCCUCCCUGAGGUCUACACCUUGCCAGUCAGAGACCGCCCCAGCUGCCCCUCCCUGCAGGAUGGAGCAGAUCCCAAAUCUCAGUGCUUCAAAAGGCACGCUUUAAACUAUCUCCAGGAGAUAGGAAAUGGCUGGUUUGGAAAGGUGAUUCUGGCUGAAGUGCUGUGUGACUGCAGCUCCUCGCAGGCUGUGGUGAAGGAGCUGCGUGUCAGUGCCAGCCCUCUGGAGCAGAGGAAGUUCUUGGCUGAGUCUGAGCCAUACAGGAGCCUUAAACAUCCCAACAUCCUUCAGUGUUUGGGGCAGUGCAGUGAGAGCAUCCCCUUCCUCCUGGUUAUGGAGUUCUGUCAGCUGGGUGACUUGAAGCGGUAUCUGCGAGCCCAGCGUAAGUCAGAUGGGAUGACUCCAGACCUGCUGACCCGGGACCUCUUAACCCUCCAGAGAAUGGCUUUUGAGAUCACCUCGGGUCUGCUCCAUCUUCACGAAAACAACUACAUCCACAGUGAUCUGGCUUUAAGAAACUGUCUUCUGACCUCAGACCUCACUGUCAGGAUAGGGGACUAUGGCCUCUCACAUAACCAUUAUAAGGAGGACUAUUACCUAACUCCAGACAAACUAUGGAUCCCUUUGCGCUGGAUUGCUCCUGAGCUGCUGGAGGAGUACAGAGGAUCUCUCAUUGUUACGGACCAAACCAAGACCAGCAAUGUGUGGUCUUUGGGGGUGGUGAUAUGGGAGCUGUUUGAGUUUGGCUCUCAGCCCCACAGACACCUGAGUGAUGAAGAGGUGCUGACCUUUGUCAUUAGGGAGCGACAGAUCACGCUUGCCCAGCCUAGACUGAAGCUCUCCCAUGCAGACUACUGGUAUGAGAUCAUGCAGUCCUGCUGGCUACCUCCGUCGCAGCGCCCUUCAGUAGCUGAGAUAUUCCUCCUUCUCUCCUCCCUCUUGGCUGCUGAGCGAGGAAUAGCGAGGGGGAGUGUUGGGGAAGAGGAUGAAGAGGACGAGGAGUAUGAGGAGGGAAGAAGAAGGAGAGGGGAGAGCGAGGAGUCAUUUGAAAGACGCUGGGACUUACUCCGUCCACCUGCCUUUCAGACUGCAGCAAACGAGCGCCAAAGGGAGAGGGAUUACGCCAGGGAAGACAGAGACAACUCCUACCCUCUACUGGACCCUGUGGGGAACUGUAUUACCCCAUCCACCUCUGAACUGGAUGACAUCUUGACAGUCACCGAAACUAGCAAAGGCUUGAACUUUGAGUAUUUCUGGGAGAAGGCUCAUGCCAGACGAGGCUACAAACCUCUUCCUCCUCCUCAGCCAAUCCCUACUGUGAACAAUAACCAUAGACAGUCUUUGGACACUCCUACUGUCGUCCCAGUGAUAAGCGCCCGUAGCCCAUCCCUCGCCAGCGAGUACUAUAUCAGACUAGAGGAGCACACUCCCCAAGACAAGUCGCCGUCUCUCAAAGGGAAGGUACAUUCCUCUUUCCGCUCAGAUUGCCCUGGAGACAUGGAGCUCAUGGAGAUCCGCAGCGGGAUGCUGGGCAAAGAGCGAGUCCCUUAUUGUUCAUCUGACAAGUGCGGAAAGGGCCUCCAGACCGUCCGAUCGAGCGAGGUUCACGUCCAGUUGCCCAACACAGGCGUGGCUGAAUUCAGAGACACUUCGAGCAGAGUGACUGACUUUUCCAUAGUUGAUUUAGGCGAUGACGAUGAAGUGGAGAAGAAAAAGAGCAGUAAGGCGGAUAAAAAAUCCACAAGCUCUCAAGCUCCCAUCCUCCCUCCCAAGCCUCGUUCUAUGUCCAUGUCAUCAGUCAAUCCUCUUCACUCGCGCCCUCUUCCCGCCCCUCCACUCAGAUAUAGAGGACUGCCCCACUACACUAUCAGCGGAAAAAUUGAGACAGACCCCCAUCACAUAAGCACCUGCCCACCAUCUACCUUUGAUCACCUCGGGCUUCACCGAGCCCGACAGACUCUUCCCCCCUCCCCGUCCCUAUCGCCCUCGCUUCCCCCAUCGAGCCAUCCAAUUUACCCUCAACCUCCUCAAAUGUGUCCUCCUCCUCUUCCUCCCCACUCCAAACCACAAAGGAAUUGCCCCCUCUACAACACAGGGGACAUUCACUUGAGAUAUAAUAAGCCCCAGAUGCAGAGAUCCAACAGAGACCCACUAACCUGUGAUUUGUCCGAUAGAGAGAGCAUGCUGCACACUUAUAAGGAGACUUCUCACUCGCGUGCAAAAGACUUUGACUCUCCCGUACGUCGAGAAAACCCUUUGCGCCCUAUUUAUCGAAAUUUACCCCGCCCUGAGCUCACAAAACCCCAAAUUGACAGACAGUCUUCAUCGAGUCCGACUUACUCAGAUGAGGAUGACUCUCCUUUCAUGUCUCCCGAGAGACCUGGCUGUGGGACGACUGUCACUCAUUCCAGUCUAUCUGAAGAUGCAGACCCCGCCACUACAGAGCUCUUCUCCAGGGGAAUGAAGAGGACUCAGUCACGCCUUGACACCAUCCUGCCUGCAAUUUGGAAGGAAGAUGCUGAGCAGCAGGCAGAACGUGUCGCUGCAGCCAAGAAAUCCCCCAUGCAUCUGUUUCUGACGGAGAUAUCUAGUGUGACAGAGUUGAGUGAGUCCAGGUCGGAGGGCUCAUAUGCAGCGGAGAAGGAGGAGAAAAGAGAAGGAGAGAGAUGGGGGAACUUUCUGCUGCCCAACAGAGGCAUGCGCCGCUCCCAGUCGCUGAUCACAGAGCUGGGAUCAGCAGGACAGUCAUGGGGACCAGAGAAACAUGUCAGCAGUGCAGAAGCUGAGGAGGAGGAUGCUGUCACUAAAGAGUCAUUCCAGAGGGAUCUUUUUCUCACAGAGAUUGACACAGGAAAUAUGGAGGCGGACAUAGAAGGCCUACCAGGAAUCGAUCCAGUAAAAUACCUCUAUCCUGCAGGAUCCAGACUGAGGCCCUAUGUCUGCGCCCCAGGCCUCCCCUCAUACACUGAGGCAGAGGAAGCCUACUCCAAAGGCAUACGGAGAUCCCGCUCUCUCCUGUCUGAGAUCACAACAGAAAAGCACGAUUCUGAAAUACAUUUUACCGAGAAGGAGCCGCGGAGAACUGAAAUCACCAGAGAGGAGUUCCUGAAAGAGAUCCAAUCAGCAGAAACCUUUCUGACCGAAAUCAUAUCGAGACAAAAUGCAGCCGCACAUAGGAAGGAAGCAGAUUCAUCUUACUCCCCUACUCCAGUGUCCCCUGAAUAUGAGUCCAUCUGCAUUGACCCAAACUCAGCUCAGACCAUCAGAUUCCAGUCAGAAAGCUCCAUACGAGCAGCCAACAAGGGCAAAGAUGACACACAGACUGAAGCCAUCUAUGCCCAAGUGACCAAGCGUGCUAAGAAGAGUGAGAUCAAAGUUUCCUUGAAACCUGACAUCCCUAUUCUUCACAUUGGUUCAAACAAACCGGACAGCCAAGUAAAUAAUGCUGACCACUGCCAGUCCGGUGAGUUUGUGUUUUCUGAAAUCAUGCCUAAAAAUGGUUUACUACAUAACCAAACACCCGUGUCUCAGAGAGAAGUCGAGGAGUGUUCGGACGGCCCUGCCUUACCUGCCAGAGGAGAGCAAACAGAUCUGCCAGAGCACUUUCCCCCUGGAUCCACAGAGAACGUUCAGGAAGUCAACACUGUGAACCUGCGUGAGAGCCAAUCACUCACUACAAAGGAAGCUGUUAUAAGCAAUGGCGAGAUAACAGAAGAUGACCUACAGACGCACAGUCCUUUGAGGGGGGAUCAAACAGACGUGAUUUCUCAUGAUCCUGAGAAAACAGCUGAUUUGGAGAACUCUAAAAACGUAGAUUCUCUUGUUAAUGAAAGUUUUGCAGAAGCGGAAAUGGAAAAUUCACUUCAGCACAAAGACGAGCGUCACACUGCCCAGAAGGUGCCCACUCCCGCAGCCACUCCUACCACGCCAGACUGGGACCCUUCCUCCGAUUUUUCACUCGUCACCCCCACCGACUCAGUCCUAUCACCUUUGACUUCCAGCUCGGCCGACUGCCUCACGCCUAGUGACUCAUGGACGGGAGGUGGCGGAGGAGGUGGAGGAGGAGUGGGAAGCGGCGGAUGGCGGGCUCUGGGAAAUGAAACACCACAUCGAGACUCUGCAUAUUUCUCAGACAGCGACUGGGAGGGUGACGGGAUGAACAGGAGAAGCAGCAGCGAUGGACUUGUUGCCUCCAGGCCUGGCAGCGGGAGAGGAGGUGAUCGGGGAAUACUGACAGGGAUAGAGGAGAAAACCGAAGAGGAGGGUGAGACUGGAGAAAAGAGUCCAUUAAGAAAUAGUACCCACAUGUCAGAUAGGACAACGGAAACUGGAGAAGGGAGGACUAUUGAGAGUUGUGAAGAGAAGGGUGUACUGUAUCCUGAAAAUUACCCGAUCCCUAAUUUAGGAAAUGACAAAGAUAUUCUAAACAAAGCGCUGGGAUCUGCUCAGAGAGACGAUUCUGGCAUUUUCCAUAACGAGAGCAAAAAGUCAUCCCUGCUGUGCGAUGAUCCACAGAACAAGGACUGUGUGGACUUAAUUGAUAAGUUGUUUUCAAAAUUAGAUGAUGAGCCACUUAAAGGGCUUUCACACAGCAGUGGGUACAUGAUAGACAGCCAUUACACAGAUGGCAUAAUUUCUCAGAUAGCAGACUGCAAAUACCAGGACUUUGAAGAGAGUGACUUAAAUCUAUAUUCCAAGAGUCCCACUGAGACAAAUAGCUUGAUCGAGUAUAAAUCUGGCAGCAACUCAAAGAGUUGCAUGUUUGGACCAAACAACAAAGAUUAUAAAAAUGUUACAGAGACAGAUAACGAUCUCAGUCAGCUCAGUUCUCCCACGUCUGGGAAUGAAGCUGUGGACUCUGCAGCACCAUCCCAAGUUGACAGCACCAUCGAGUCCAGAUUACCUAAACUUUGUGAUAUUCAAACGAACAGCGUUAUACUUGGAGAUGAAAACCUGCCAAAUGACGAUGGGAAGGCUGCUGAUGCAAAAGCGAGCGGUCCGACAUGUCUUUGGGCUGAAGAGCCUGAGAAAUGUGGAGAGAGGCCCUGUGUGGACCACAAUGAGCUGGGCUUGAGAAACCUUCGCUACUCAGAUGGCGAGGAGGAGAGCGGGAUCACAGCAGAGACAGAGGAACAGAAGGCUGCUGCAGAGCUGAGUAUCGCUGUGAAGGAGAAGCCACCCCUCAGGGGAGCAGCAAGUGGCAUGAACUCUGCUAACGAUGUGGAUAACAACUCCUGCGAGGGUCUAAAUGCGACAGCUAAAGAGUUAUGGAGUGCUCUGGAGGAGGAUGAAGACAGACCAGGAUCUGGGGCGCUUAGGGGCGAGUUUGACUGCUACCGCUUUUCACAACUAAGGGACUUGCGCUUGUGGCCAGAUGAGAAUGACCAGUGGGCCUCCCCGGAGAAGAGGUGUCAGGGAGUCGACUUGAGAUCUGAAUUUUUCUCCGGGUUCGGGAAUAAGGCGUGGGAGGUGGGUGAGAGGCUUGUUGUAGGUCAGGAAUAUUGGGAGACCGAAGAAAAUGAUGAACUGGCAGGAAGUGAACCUCACCCUGCUGUCUUGGAGGGCUGUGAGGAAACUUGGAACAAUGAAACCCAAGGGCUAAGCGGCAAUCUUUGCAUUAAGGAAAUGUGGGACACAAAAGACAGAGAAAGCCAACAGACGAUAGCAGACAUACAGCAAGAGGAAAACAUUGAGAACCUGGGGGAAAUUGACAGCAUUAAGAAAGACAUAAAAAGUGACAUUUUGCAUGUGGAAGUAGAGAAUAUAGAAAUACCAGAGGAAGAGACCUUGGAGGAAGGACAGAGGCAGAAUGCAUCAUGCACAGAGGCAGCCAGGGACAGGGAGGGUCGGCUAGACUCCACAGAGACGGCACAAAAUCAAGAUUUUAACACAUGGCCCCAGAAUCAACUCUGUAACAGAGUGGAGGAGGCGAUGUCGGCUGUGCACGCUGACAGAGAGGCAGGCUCCAAUUUAGAAAACUGUUUCAGCCACACUUUGGAAACCAAAAGCUCAGAUAUAACCAUCUGCAUCGCCGAAGCUCCUCAUGUGACGUUUUCAGAACUGGAAAAUUUUAAAUUGGGCUUCAAUUCGGAAGCAGAAACGAGACCGUGUUUUGCCAGGCAAUACAUAGAAGAAGGAAUAAACCCUAUAAAAGUGGAAGAGGAUUACAGAGAUGUGCCCCUGCCAGCUAAUACCAGUGAUCUUGAUGCAAAGGAGGAGAUAGAUCAGUCAUAUCCACAAGAGAUCGACAAUUUCAGCUCAGUAGAUUUUCCGAGUCCUCCACCGAGCAUAGACCUUGAUAUGCAAGAUGAUAAACUGGAGAGUUUAGACGACUCUUUUCCUAGUCCACCGCCAUCCGUCAUAGAGGGAGAGGACUUUAUUAGUCACAUUAAUCUAGAAGACUUUAUUACCAGUACUGAGACAGAGCAACUUAUUUCCGCAGCACACAACACAGAUGUUCCAGAGACACCUCUGCAAGAAUUGCCACCUGCUACAACUCAAAGUAAAGGGAUCUCUGCCAAUCUCAGCCUCCCCUCUGUGCAUAUAACACUGAGCGAUGAGAGCAACCUGACAUCCAGCAUAGAAAGCAAGGAUGGUCAUAAUAACCUGCCCCAGAAAUCAUCCCCCAUAAUGCCUUCUGCACCUCAUGGUCCCCUGAACAACCUCCCACAGCUGUUGAUUUCUGAGUGGAAGGACUUGGAUGAGGAGCCUCUGGAGGACUUUGAAAAACUGGAACAACUGUGCUACAUAUCUGGCGAUGAAGAGGAAACUCUGGGGGACCUCUUCUUGGGCAACCUGGAGCUUCUGGAGUCUUUAAAGAAAGCACCUGAUCACAAAGUUAGCAGUGGUGACGGUCAUACAGUCAGCAAGACAUGCGACUCCUCUAUACCCGAGGGUAGCAGGGUGGAUUUAAAGGAGGACGAGAUGUCUGAUGACUCUGACAAAUUGGAAUCUGUACAACCGACCAUCCUGGAUUCCCAGAACAGUCUGCCGCCUCAGGACGAGAGGAGCGACGGACAGAGAUCACCGGGUCAAAUUUCUGAUGUCAAGGACCAGCGGUCUCUGAACAAGAUGACAACCAAGAACGGCCUCAUGAUGCAGGUGUGUGAGGAGAGGCUGCAGUUCUCACUCAGUGAAAAUGUGAAGACAAAUGUGCUUUGGGGGACGACUGUUAAAGACACCGCCAUGCUCCGGACAUGGGGGGAGGAAGUCACAGGGAGCAGCGGUGAUCUGGUCACUGUGAAAGAACAAAGAGAGGAUGAGAGUCAAGAGGAGCAGGAAGCUGUCCCUGCCAUUGAGCCCCCCAUCGAGUCUGAUGAACCUAAAGCUGAGCCGCUCACUGUGAUCGAACAACCUGAGGUCCCAUUACCUCAGCUUACUGCAAACCAAGCGAUGAAAGCAAAGCUAGCUCGCCUCUCGCUCACCCUCCCACCUCUUGCUCUGAGUCUUCCCCUCACCACUACUGGAAAAGGAGGAUUUGGAGACGGGGCCAUCGGAAACCGGAUUGGAAGACGAAGAGGUCUUUCGUCUGGGAGCGACCCCGAUGAGGAGGAGGAGGAUGAGCAGGAGGACGAAAACUCCCGGAGGGUGAUUGUAGUCACAGAAACGGACGUGGACAAACGUGUUGGGCUCCGCAGUCUGCUGAAAUCACCCAAGGAGCCAAUGGACAGAGAGAAGGACAGAGGAAGAAAUGUGUCCUUUUUUGAUGAUGUCACAAUCUAUCUUUUUGAUCAGGAAACUCCAACUAAUGAGUUGAGCAAUUCAACUCCCACAACUCCAACUGCGGUGUCUAUCAAAAGCACCAAGUUGGAUUUGCAUGGGCCAAAAAGCAAAGAAUCGAAAAGGAAAGAGGAUUUAUCAGUCAAACCAAGGUCGCCUGUCGGGGUAAAUUCAGUGACUUCAUCGCGCUUCACUGUCAGCCCGGCUGACGACCCACACCUGGUGUGAUGUUGCACAUCAUCCUGGAAACACUUUAGAGCUCAACCCUCUCGGACUGGCCCGUGAAUUAACCCAACAACCAGCCAUUCGCCCAGAGGAUAUUUUUUUAUUGAAGAGGCAACUGAAAGAAGAGACUUCGAUUCUAAAAGCUGGAAACAUUCCAGGUUUUACUAGUGACGGGAUUUUGUACGACUGGGGGUUGCUGAGCUCCGGCCUGCCACUGUUUACAGAGAUUAUACAUAGCCUUUGGCUGCAGAAAUCUUUGGAAAAGGCAGCAUAUGCUAGGCGAAGAGGAGCCGGGAGCUUUGUAAAAUCUGAAACAGAUUCGACAGCUAUGCAGUGGGAGUCUUGCUGUGUACCAGCUUACCUUCUCUUUUUCUGCUUUGUUUUGUUUUGCCCUGGGAGUGCGGGGAAUGCACUUUCUUUAGUCAUUCGUCUGUCUAUGUAAACGCUUGGAUCCCGGUCCUCUCUUUAUUAAGGACAUUUUUCAUUGCAGUCAGUCAGUUGUUCUUGUAAGCAGCAGUUUGAAACAGAAAUUGCUUGACUCCUGUAUUUGACAAUACUCCUCAGCAUUUGUACAAACAUCAUAAUACAAGUGUAUACAGUAUCAUUUUAGAGCUGUUUACUUUUAGAUGUAUUCUUAGACUGCACGAAAAAUGAAACAAGCAGUUUAUUUUUACUUUUAUUUCUGAAAAGCUUUAAUUUCUAUAUUUAUUUCUAUGUUAUUUUACUUAUUUAUGUAAAGUCAGUUUCCAUGCAAUAUCUUAAUUAUUUAUUUAAUCUAUUAAGUUAUGUAUUUAUUUGCGUUGGUGAAAUUGCAUAUAUGAACUUAACUAUAAUUUGUUUGGGACAGAAAUGCAUCUAGAUCUAUAACUUCUCCAAGAUCUUCAUAACAAAUAAAUCAAAAUAUUUUCCCAAACGUCUUAAUUGCUAAACAAAAAAAAGUAUUUUGUAUAAUUUUACUUGUUAAUAUAUGCCAAUAUGUAUGGAACAACGUCCUGUAAUGUUUCAUUAUUUUCCGAUGUCUAUGAAUUUUUAGCUGUCUUGUCAUUCUUUUAUCUUAAUUAAUGACAGUUAAUGUAGCUUAGCAUGAAAAAUUGAAGCCUUUCAUUAGUAAAUAACUCCCAUUUGUUUGUGUAUCUGUUAAUUUAUUCCAUUUUCUACUAAUAACAGUCCAUCAUGCAGUCGAGAUCCAACUAGUCAAUUUGUUUAGUCUGUUUAAAUGUUGGUUUAAACUUGUAUUGUUUAAAGAAUGGUUUUCAGGGGGCAAUGUAUAAACAAGGGGGAAAUAAAAACUAUGAAAUGUGAA